AUGGCCGGCGCUCGAGACACUGUGCCUUUACGAAUUCCAAGUUCCGGCCGAAACUCUCCUACAAUUUCUUCGCGCGCACAAGAAGACGCUCAAGAGGCUCCAUCUCGGCCGCAAUUCCUACCACUUACCCGCCGGACUUACGCACCGAAAGUUCCUCACCCAGAUGCGAUAUCUCUGGAGAAAUUUGGAAUCGUUACCAGCAUUGUAUAUGAAGAUGGUGUCUACGACGACGACUGGAAUCAUUGGGACAAUGCUACGACCGAGCUCUUGUUGUUGGAAUCCUAUGUUUUGGGGAAAAUCGAUUGGCCUAUAACUUUGGAUCAUCCUACUUUCGUCACUUAG